UUUUUCCUUCUUCUUUUUCUUUCUUUCUUUUUUUUUUCUUUUUCUCUUUUGCUGCCGCUGCUACUGUUGCUGCCUCCGCCGCCUCUACUGCUCUGCUCCAGGUAAGCAGCCCAGGCAGGGAGCAAAAGCCUCGGGGCAAACCUUGGGAUGAUGAACAAGAUCUGGAAGUUUUUCCGAGGAAGCAGGAGAGCUCUGGUUUUUAUAUUAGUUGCUUCUGUCAUUUGGCUGCUGUUUGACAUGGCAGCUCUCCGCCUCUCAUUCAGUGAGAUUAACACGAGGGUCCUCAAGGAAGACCUUAUCCGGAGGGGACGAGAACAAUUCAGAGUUUUGCGAGAUGCAGAGAAGAUGCCUCCAGGCAGCAGAAGGGAAACCAAGGGUCCCAUGAAAGAAUCCGCAAGGGAGAAACGGGGCAGGGAAAACUUUAGGAAGACAGAAAACACGUUGUUGAAAGCAGAGGACCACGCAGACAAACUACAGCAGGAGUGGACAGGGCAGCAAGUCCCUGGAAAAGGAAAGCCAGUCCCUACAUGGGAACCAGUUCAUCCGAAGAGCAGCAAGGAAGACACUUACAAAAUUAGUAACUCAUUGGCCCUGAAGGAAAGAAAACAAAAGGCUUCCAGCAGGUCCCAGCAAACUCCACUCCAAGGAACAAAAGAAAUUCCCUUGGUGAAAUUAACACAUGGAGUACCUUCCCAUGCCAACCAGGAGAUGUCACCGAAGAAGACUACAGUGAUACCCACAGCAUUUGAUGGGGUGAAUAAAUUGGGCUACAAAAGGACUAGUGCCCCUAAACCAGAUGAUGCCAAAACAGAGCCAACUAGAGGGCAAACAGGUAGGAAAUACCACACUGACGCAAAUGUGCCCAAAUCUGGGGAAGCCAUAGCAUUAAACAAAAGUGAGACUGGGGCCAAAGAAAAAAAUGGGAAUGAGGAUCAAUUAGACAGGAAUCUUUCCCUGCCCAAGUUCACUGCCAACAGAGAUCACUUAAAGACCCAAUCUGUAAAUGAAACAAGAGUAGAAGGUCUGCCAAGGAAUGAUAGAGCUAAAGUGGAUCUUGGGAAGAAAUUAAAUAUCUCUGAAAGCCAUGUUGUGAUUGUAACCAAAGAGGAGAUGAAAAUGCAACCUAAAGAGGUCCCUAAUUCUAAAGACAAUCCAAUAAUUGUUUCUACUAAGACAAGGGAUGAAAGUCAAGGAAAGCACAUUCUAAGGAAUAGAAGUGAUACAUCUUUCCUUUUAGGUAAUUCACAGAAAGUAGGUGUGUCUCCAACCAAAAAAACCAACCAAACCCUGACUGGAAGGCCAGAGUUAGCAAGAGUCAACAUAGCUUUUAAGGAACAGUCCAUGAUACAAAAUCAAAUUUUUGGGGAAAUACAUUUACCUAAAGACCUUGGAAUGCAUCGAGUAUUGAACAUUGAUGUGACACUUUCUCCAAGGAAUCCCAAAGCACCAGGCCAGUUUGGAAACCCUGUAGUAGUUCCCCCUGGAAAGGAUAAAGAGGCAAAAAGAAGAUGGAAAGAAGGAAACUUCAAUGUCUACCUUAGUGAUUUGAUUCCAUUGGACAGAGCAAUUGAGGAUACAAGGCCUACUGGGUGUGCAGAUCAGCUGGUUCACAAUGAUCUCCCCACCACCUCAGUCAUCAUGUGCUUCGUUGAUGAGGUGUGGUCCACUCUUCUUCGUUCUGUUCACAGUGUCCUCAAUCGCUCACCUCCACACCUCAUUAAAGAGAUUCUGCUAGUGGAUGACUUCAGCACCAAAGAAUACUUGAAAGACCAAUUGGAUAAGUACAUGUCACAGUUUCCCAAAGUUCGGGUACUUCAUCUCAAAGAGAGGCAUGGCUUAAUAAGAGCCAGACUGGCAGGGGCACAGAUUGCAACAGGUGAUGUGUUGACAUUCCUAGAUUCUCAUGUGGAAUGUAACGUUGGGUGGUUGGAACCUCUCCUAGAAAGAGUUUAUUUGAACAGAAAGAAAGUGGCCUGUCCAGUAAUUGAAAUAAUCAGUGACAAGGAUUUAAGCUACAUGACAGUGGACAACUUUCAAAGAGGCAUCUUUGUGUGGCCAAUGAAUUUUAGUUGGAAAAAGAUUCCUCUUGAAGUCAUUAAACAAAAUAAGAUAAAGGAAACUGAUGUAAUAAGGUGUCCAGUCAUGGCUGGUGGAUUAUUUUCUAUUGAUAAAAAAUAUUUUUUUGAACUUGGAACAUAUGAUCCUGGCCUUGAUGUUUGGGGUGGUGAAAAUAUGGAGCUCUCCUUCAAGGUGUGGAUGUGUGGAGGAGAAAUUGAAAUCAUUCCCUGUUCCCGAGUGGGCCACAUCUUCAGGAAAGACAAUCCAUACUCUUUCCCUGAAAAUCGGAUUAAAACCAUAGAGAGGAACUUGAUUAGGGUGGCUGAGGUCUGGUUAGAUGAAUACAAAGAACUUUUCUAUGGUCAUGGUUACCAUCUCUUGGACCAAAGUCUGAAUGUUGGAAAUCUCACUCAACAAAGAGAACUUCGGAAAAAAUUGGGGUGCAAAAGUUUCAAGUGGUAUCUAGAGAAUGUCUUCCCAGACAUAGAAGCUCCUAUUGUGAGAGCCAGUGGGGUGAUAAUUAACAUAGCCUUGGGCAAAUGCAUUUCUCUUGAGAACACUACAGCUGUUCUGGAAGAGUGUGAUGGUAGUAGCAAGUCCCAACAGUUCAACUACACUUGGUUGAAACUUAUUAAACAUGGAGACAGGUGCUUAGCACCUGUCCCUAUUGUAGGAGACCUGAGCCUGUACCCGUGUGAUAACAGAAACAAAAAGCUAAAAUGGUUACAUAAAUUGAUGGGAGUCCUUCAUCCUGAACAGAUGGAUCACAUUAUUCUUGAACACUGGAAGCAGCUGAGGUGCUUAGAGGCAAGCCCUUCUGGAAAGACCCUGAAGGUGACUGCCUGUGAUUCUAUGAAUCCAUAUCAGAAAUGGAAAUUUGAAGAAUACUAUGUAGCUUGAAGAGGAAGAUAAUCAGAGCCAAACCACGAUAUUCUCAUCUAGUAAGGGUCAUUAAACAUUGGGAGAAGGAUUUAAAAUAAUGCCACAUUAUUCAGUGGUGAUUUCAACACCAAUGGCACUUGAGGAAGAAAGUCUACACCUACAUUAAGAUGAUGUCAUGUAACUCAGGGGACUGUUUUCCAACUUUGGACUGGGGCCCUGCUUCAGCAUUUGGCAACACUGAAUUUGCUUUUCUCACUCAGAUGUGCUAGAACUUCAUCAUCUCCCUCCACAAACUUCAUUAAGAUAGGCACAUAAUUAGAUUUAAUCCCAGAAAUAAUUGUGGAAGAAAUCCAUGGUACUAUGAAAAGUUACUUGAUGCCUAUGGUAGUAACCAAAGAUUGUCAAUAAUGGCCUAGUCUUUACUUCUGACUGCCUUUCUUAUCUCAAACAAAAAGUUGCUUUAUUGCCUGAGUUUCUCAGGCUGGUAUGACCUCAGACGUUAUUCUUAGUAUGGGAUGCUUUAAGGGUAGUAUUGUGUGAAAGCAAGUGGACUGGUUAUCUUUGCAUGAUUCUUUCUUAGACCAUGAGUCUAUGAAAAAAAUUUAGGGGUGAAGAAGAGAUCUUCAAAUGUUUAAGUAACCUCUGGCUUGGCAUGACUUCCCACUUCUCUUUGCUCUUCAAAUUUCACUUGAACAUCUUUGGCCAUGUUCAUAACUCUUUUAGCUAAUAUUGAUCUAAAAGAACUAAAGAUCUCACAAUAAGAAUUAAAGCACACCAAUGUAACAUUUAAAAGAACCUUCCACUUCCAGGACUAUGAUUCCACAUUGGAUAACAACACAUUUUAAAAAUAAGAAAUUCAGGCAUAAUAAUCAAAAUAUAGUGUGGGACCAAGGUAGGCAGUGUGAAGAGACCUGAAAUAAAGGAAACAGAAAAUAGAAUACUAGAAGAAAAAGGUCCUUUUACCAAAAAUAAAAAUAAAACUCUUCCCCCAAAUCUUGAAAAUUUCUCUGAAACUGUAAAUCUAAUAUGAUUCAAACACACACAGAGGAGUGAAGAAUAAUGGACUCCUUAAAAUCCAUAAUGUAUAUGGAGUAAAGGGAAUAAGACAGAAGAAAAUGAGUUAAUCAUCGCUCAGGAAACAGACAAAGAGAAACAUCAUAUGAGUCUAUGGGUGAUAGAAGCAAAACAUAUGCUCAGGAGAUUUUAAUAGUGCUAAUAACACAUGAAAAACUUAUUUGUUCAAAAUUGAGCCUCUGAACUUUUCAUGUAUUCCUGUAUUUGGUAUGGAGUACAAAAAAGUACUAAUGCACUUUUGAUGCAAAAUCAAGAUCUACAGGAAUAGAAAAACUUUUAAAAUCAGGAUAAAACAUACAGAUCUUAGACAACCCAACUGUGCCUUGACAGUUAAAUAGACACUAUUGUAUAGAAUAAAACUCCACUGUAGAACAACUCACCAUAAUUAUAGGCUAAAUUAUGUCCCCUAUGGACAUAGUGACACAUAGUCUAUUUCUAACACUGUUAAAGAGAGAGAGAGCUAGAAUAUGUACAUUAUUCUUGUACCCCCUAAUAUGUGUUUAUACAUUCUCUUUGCCCCAAACAUCUAUUCCCUCUACCCUCUGUAAUGAUUGGAAUGACGCCACCUACUGGAGACUUGCUGUGGAGAGCUCCACCAUGAGGAAAAUGCCUCAGAGGCAUUGUGGCUUUUCCUUGGCGUCAGGAAAUGACGCUUGCUCAU